GCAAGCGCAGCGCAGCGAGUGGACGUUUUGGUCUUUGUCCGCGGGUCAGUCCGGCCCCUGGGUCCACGUGGCGCGAAAGUAGGAGCAGGUAAUACAGUGAUGCUCCAUUGAAGCAGGAAGAUGAGCCUGGACGGUGGAGAAAGAAUUGGAGAGGAAGUCUGUCCAGAAGAAGCUUGAGAAGAAGAGCAGAUAAAGGCGACAAGACUUGGGAGGCAAGUUACGUCCAUCUACAAUAAAGUACAGACUGAGGAAAAAGGCAUGACUACAUGAAAAUUGGAAAAAUCCUUCCUUUGAUCUCAGACUUUAUUUUUAAAGGCAACUCCUGUUUGAAUUCACCUAGAAAGUUUGAAACACAAUUUAGACUUGUCUUAAUCAUGAAGGGUGCUGUGUAGCAAAGAAUCAAUUAGUUUAGAAAUCCUUCUGCACAGUGUACUCUUUAUAGUAAUAAACCCCUUUAAAGUGUGGAAAUGCCUUCAGUUAAAAAAAUUUGAAGCCUAUCUGAUAGCAGAGUACUAAUACUGGAGAAUACUCUAUGAAUUUACUGAAUGUGAGAAGACUUGCACUCACGUCUCAUCUCAUUAAAUGUACAAGCCACGCUGGAGAGGAACCUUGUGGUUCUAAGAAAAAUUGAACCUUUAGCUAGAUGACAGAUCUCAUUCAACAGAAAUUCUUACUGAAGAGAAAUCUGAGUGUAAGAAAAGUUCAUUGAGUGUUAAUUUAUAGUGGGAAAAAACCUAUAUACUGAAUAUGAUAGAAGUUUUUACUCGAAUUUUCUUCCCUUUUCAUGUGAAAGAUUAUACAGGAGAGAAGUUUUGUAAAUGUAAGAAAUGUGGGAGAACCUUUUGCUGAAAGCAAAUCCUGAUUCAUCAAAAAAUUCAUAUUGGAGAGAAACCUUGUGAAUGUGGGAAAGCUUCAUUCAGAUGUCAAACCUUAGCCAGGAGAAAAUUUAUAGCGGGGAGAACCCCUUUACCUGUAAAGUUUGUGGGAAAGUCUUCAGCCACAAAUCAAAUCUCACUGAGCAUGAGCAUUUUCAUACUAGAGAGAAACCUUUUGAAUGUAAUGAAUGUGGAAAAACCUUCAGCCAAAAGCAGUAUGUCAUUAAACAUCAGAACACUCAUACUGGAGAAAAGCUUUUUGAAUGCAAUGAAUGUGGGAAAUCCUUCAGCCAGAAGGAAAACCUCCUUACCCAUCAGAAAAUUCACACUGGAGAGAAACCUUUUGAGUGUAAAGAUUGUGGGAAAGCUUUCAUUCAGAAGUCAAACCUCAUCAGACACCAGAGAACUCACACAGGAGAGAAGCCUUUUGUAUGUAAGGAGUGUGGGAAAACCUUCAGUGGCAAAUCAAACCUUACUGAGCACGAGAAAAUUCAUAUUGGAGAGAAACCCUUUAAAUGUAAUGAAUGUGGAACAGCUUUUGGCCAAAAGAAGUACCUCAUAAAACAUCAAAACAUUCACACUGGAGAGAAACCCUAUGAAUGUAAUGAAUGUGGAAAAGCUUUCUCUCAGCGAACAUCACUUAUUGUACACGUGAGAAUUCAUUCAGGUGAUAAACCUUAUGAAUGCAAUGUAUGUGGGAAAGCCUUCUCUCAAAGCUCAUCUCUUACUGUGCAUGUCAGAAGCCAUACAGGUGAGAAACCCUAUGGUUGUAAUGAAUGUGGGAAAGCUUUCUCUCAAUUCUCAACGCUUGCUCUACAUUUGAGAAUACACACAGGUAAGAAGCCUUAUCAAUGUAGUGAAUGUGGGAAAGCUUUCAGCCAGAAGUCACACCACAUUAGACACCAGAAAAUUCAUACUCAUUAAAAACUCUUGGAAACAAGAAAGCUUUUAUCAGGAAUUUACACCUCAUAGCACAUCAGAAAUAAUCAUUCUGAAGCAAAGCACCACAAAUGAGGGAAACUUUAACAAAACUAAAAACCUACUGGACACCUUAGAAGUCAUAUUGAAGAGAACAUUUGUAUAUAAAAAGACUGUGCCUAACAGAAACCUAACAGUAAACAGCAAAGGUAAUGCUGAAACUUCAGAAGCAUUUCCACUAAAACUGAAAACAAACAGAUGCCUGUUAUCAUUGCUGUCAGCAUAGAUCUGGAGAUCCUCACCAAUGUAAGAAGGAAAAUAACUUGUAAGUAUUGGAAAGGAAGAAAGUUUUGAGGUGAUACUAUCUACAUAUAACAUAAAACUCUUAUGGUAUUGAUGCAGCAGAACUGAAGAAAACCCAGAAGCAGACCUAUGCAUUAAUUAUAAUUUGGGAAUGAUAGAAAUGGCAUCAGGAAGUGAGGAGGUAAUGAGACUAUUUAAAACAUGGUUUGGAGGUUUCUUGGGGUGGAGGGAGGGGCGAAUAGAGCAUAAACAAAAGUUAAUUCCAAAGGGAUUAAAAACAGGAACAUGAAAAAGCUGUAUAUUAAAAUCAUGACCUUGGGAGUAGGGAGGCAUUCUGUAUAACAAAAACACCUAGCGGUUCUACUCUGAGUAUCUAUACUCAGGAAAUACAUACAGGAUAUUUACUGCGGCAUGAUUUGUAGUUAUCAAAAAAUUGAAAGCAACCUAAGUGCCCAUCAGGAAUGAAGUAGAAAAUUCUUACAGUGAAAUAAUGUAUCUGUAAAAUGCAACAAGAUUUAUGUGUAUUAACAGAAAAAGAUCUCAAAAAUCACGUUGAGGGAGAAAAUUAAAUUGCAGAAUGAUGCAUUUAGUGCAAUGACAUUUUUGUAAAUUUGAAAACUUACUCCCAAAAUUUAUAUAUUGAUAAUGCAUAAAUAUGUGUAAAUAUUUCAAAAAUUGGAAGGAUACUGUCCAAACUCUUUAUAAUGGUUGUCUGUGAAGAGUGGCUAAGGAAAGGGAAUAAGUGUGGGAGGUGGAAUGGGGAUUGGCUAAUGGGAGCUUCAGCUUUAUAUAUGUAAACAUCCGUUUCUCUUAAAAAUGAAAAAGAGUAAAUAUAGUGGUUAUUUCUGGA